AUGCGCCUCAUCACGACUGCCACCCUCUUGGCUUCCUUCCUGGGCCGUGCUUAUGCCGCCGACAUCUCCAGCGCCGACGGCGUGUCGCCGGCUUCGUCCGAGGUUGCGGCUAUCCGCACCUUUUUCUACACGGGCGGCGGCUAUGCUGACGACGGCGCUGGCGGCCACAUCUAUCGCGAGCAGAUGUAUGUCGAGAGGCUCCAGCCGGCCAAGGGGGUCAGCAAGCCCACGCCUCUUGUCUUCAUCCACGGCCAGGCCCAGACCGGCACCAACUUCUUGAACAAGCCUGACGGUAGCCGAGGCUGGGCUUCUCUGUUCCUGGACCAGGGAUAUGAAAUCUACAUCGUAGAUCAGACGCUGCGAGCCCGAUCCCCAUGGCAGCCUGCCUACAUGGCGGCCUUGCCGUCUACCUACUCAGCUGAGAUCAUCCAGCAACGGUUCACCGCUGUCCAGGACUACAAUCUCUGGCCGCAAGCUGGCCUGCACACGCAGUGGCCUGGUAACGGCUCCAUGGGCGACCCCAUCUUCGACACGUUCUACAGCUCCAAUGUCCAGUUCAUCAGCAACGCCGCCUACCAGCAGACUACGGUCCAGAACGCCGGCGCGGCGCUGCUGGACAAGAUUGGCAAGCCCGUCAUCCUGGUCGGCCACAGCCAGGGCGGCAUCAUGCCCAUUGUCAUUGCCGAUGCCCGCCCCAAGCUCACCAAGGCCCUCGUCUUGCUUGAGCCCACAGGCCCUCCUUUUCGAGAGGCCAUCUUCAGCACGACUCCCGCUCGCGCCUGGGGCUUGGCGGACAUUAAGCUUACCUACACGCCCCCUGUCAAUGUUCCUUCUGUGGACCUUGUGCAGCAGGUCUAUCCUGCUCCUGAUGCGAACCAUACCGACUGUGUGCUCCAGGCCUCUUCUCCGGCGCCGAAACAGCUCACGAACCUGGCUAGCAAGCCGAUUCUUGUUGUCACCUCGGAGUCGUCGUAUCACGCGCCGUAUGACUACUGCACUGUAAAGUACCUGAAGCAAGCGGGCUGCUCUCUGACGAGUCACCUUGAGCUUGCAAAGGCGGGAUUCCACGGCAAUGGCCACCUGUUCUUCAUGGAAAAGAACAGUGACCAGAUUCAGCAGACGCUUCAGAGUUGGAUCGCCAAGCUGGGGUGA